AGCUACGUCCGGAGUAAUAACUUCUCCUUGCAGGAGCUAAAACCCUAGUCGCCAAUGCAGAGAAAGAAACGCUAACCAGGACGGUGGGUCUAGUUUUGAACGGCCAGGACUGUGUCAAAUCUGAUCAGUUAGGGCCACGAGAGUAAAAUAAACUGGCCGUUCCGGAACUCUCUGCGAAGCAAGUUUGAAUUUGAAGAUAUGCAGCGGCUUCUACAUCUUAAUAAAUUUCUGCUCCGCCGAUCGGCGGCGACGGCUGCUGAGAGUGGAGGCUUCUCUUACGAUGCUCAUCUUAGACCUUUAUCACGGUCGCUGGAGCCUGUUCCCUCCUCUCUCGUUUUGCGGGAAUCAUUUCAGCAGCGUUUGGCGGGGAGUGGUAAUUUUUCUUUCACUUUUUGUAAUUGGUUUUUUAUGAGGCAGAUUUUGGGAAGAAGAACAUAUGCAUCGACUUCUGGCAUCACAAGCCAUUUGUCUGUCGGAGCUCAGUUGCUUAAGUUCUCCUUCCUACAAAGGAAGGGGUUUGGUGCUUGGAAGUCAUCCGGGUUUUGGCGCAGCUAUGGGAGAAAUGUGCCUACAUCAGAUGAAGUAGUUCUUGGGUUAAUUGGAACUAAUGUCGCUAUAUACUUCUUGUGGCAAUUUGCUGAUUUAUCAUUUAUGAGGAAACAUUUUGUGAUUUCACUUGAAAACCUUAAAAGUGGAAGCCUCCACACAAUGCUGACUAGUGCAUUUAGUCAUUCGGAGCUCGACCAUCUUGUGACAAACAUGAUUGGGCUUUACUUUUUUGGUACAAAUAUUUCGAGACUUUUUGGACCGGCAUUCCUGCUUAAAUUAUAUGUAGCUGGGGCACUUGGUGGAUCAGUAUUCUUUUUACUGCACAGGGCAUAUUUAGAGAGUACCAACCCCUUUCAUUGGAGAGCUCAUGCAUUGGGUGCAAGUGCUGCUGUUAAUGCAAUUAUUCUUCUUGACGUUUUUCUCUUCCCAAAAAAUAUAUACUAUGUAAACCUUGUUAUACCAGUGCCUGCAAUUUUAAUGGGAGCAUUCAUCAUUGGGAGUGAUUUGUGGAGGAUUAAAAAGGGAGAUGAUAAUAUCUCUGGUUCAGCUCAUAUGGGGGGUGCUUUUGUGGCCUUGUUAACCUGGGUUGCUCUAAAGAAGGGCUGGUUUUGAUCUACGAGGCUAAUCAAAUUCAAAGAAAAUAAUAAUAAUAAUAUUAAGUUUCUUCUGGCAAUUAUAAGAAAAAUACCAAGUUUCCGUUUGAGUUAUGUCAUUCCUCUCUUCUAAGUUGGUCAAUUCAAGGGGGGGAAAUUAGCAAAAGGUUUUCUUUAUUAAAGAACUACAAAAGAUUGAAAUUGUUGAAGGUAUUCAGAAUUUAGAAAGGGUGGUUUUUUUAAUUUAGUUUAGGGGUGGACCUAGUGAUAGAUAAUGGUUAUUAUUAUUAUUAUAAUUUGGAGAUUAUGAAUUCGAUGAAUCAUGAGAACAAAUUCUUGUAAUGUAAGGAUAAUAUCGAGUAAAUAAAUUACUCCUUUGAUAAGCACGAUUUUCAUUGAA